AUGGAAUUCGCGCCGUCGGCACUUCUUUUUGCCUCCGAAGCGCCGGGACAUCUUCUGUCUUCCGACCGCGGAAAGCCUCCCCCCACCAACAAUUCCGCCUUUGAACCGAAACAAAAGCACUUUAACGCCCGGCACCGCGAGCUUGUCGUGAUCUACCCGAUGGAUGAUGCGCAUGCGAGUAAAACACAACAGUCCGAUAAUCGCAAAGAGGAAAACACCAUGUCGAAGCUCUCUCCGUCUCUGAAAGCUCUCAUCAACGCGCCAUUCGCGCGGCCCGGUCAAUCGGCUGCGCCGGCGCAUAUUCGUGAGGUGUAUCAGACCAUCGCUGGCGAUGCUGCGAAGAAGAACCUUGGCCCGAAGCCAUGGCUGGCUCUCUCGGCCGCAGCUACAUUCACGAUGAACUCGCCCGACUCCCUCGAGUCCCUCUACCGCGUCGCAUCCGACAGCGGCCGCCCCGACAAGCGCGAGACGGCCGAAUUCAUCCGCGAGAUCGGCCUCAAGUGCAUCAGCUUCAACGGCAUCCCGCGCACCAUCAACUGCCUCAACGCCUUCUACGCCGGCCUGCCGAAGGACGUGACCGCCCAGCUCGAGACGAAGCCGACGCGCGCGCCCACGGCGCAGAACCUUGGCGAGGUCACCGCCCGCGGCCAGGCCCUCUGGGACUCGGUAUACGCGCCCUUCGAGGUGAAGCUGUACGAGAAGCUCGCGCAGUCGCACCCCGACCUGCCCGUGCACAUCCUCAACAGCCACUACGCCGGCCUGCUGUCUGACCCGAAGGAGCGCGGGGGCCUGGCUACGACCGGCCGCGUGCUGACUUCCGUUGUCGCCAUUUCUUGCUUGAGGGCGCAGACGGGUGUUGGCCCGCAGGUCUUGUCACACGUGUUUGGGCUGAGGAAGGCGUUCGAGGAUGGGACUUUCAAGGCGGAUAAGCAGGAGGAUAUUGAGGGCGCACAAUGGCUGGCGAGCGACGAGGGUAGCGAGUGGAUUCUGAAGUCGGUGGACAGCAUCACGGAGGCGAUUGGCGGUUCCAAUUUUGCUCCGGCAAGGGAGUCCAAGUUAUAG